CGCACACGCGCAGCAAACAGCGGGAGCAACUGGAGCGAGAGAGGGGGAGCACGACACCGGUCCUCCUCGGCUCCACUCGAAAACUCGGACCGAGAAGCACAGCGCCGCGUCAGGACGAAGAACAACGAGUAAACAAACAGAGAUACACAGAUCCAUCCACCGCUGGAACAGUGGUGUCAGUGGAGGAGUAGCAUUUACUAGUAGGAGUUUUGAAUCGAAUCCAACAACACCGGUGAGCCAGUGAGAGAGAAGCCGGCCAGGCCAGGCCACACCAACCCCCCUAGCUCUCUCUCGCUUCAGGCUUCAGUUCCUCCUCCGGUCCUCCCUUUCAAACCACUCCACUCCACCCCCAGCCCUCCGUUUAUCUACUUUUGCGGCGGCCGCGUCCGUUACCACCUCCCCUGCUUCCUCUCGAAGCUCGCACGCCGCCGGUCAUGGCUGCCCUGCUCGUCUCCGUCGUCUUCCUCUUGCUCCUCCUGCUCGGCAUCGGCCUCUGUUCUUGCGGCAAUGUGCACAUUGUGUACAUGGGGGAGAAGCUCCCGGAGCUGCACCCGGAGCUGGUCCGGGACUCGCACCACGGCAUGCUCGCCGCCCUUCUUGGCAGCGAGCAGGCGGCCGAGAGCGCCAUCCUCUACAGCUACAGGCAUGGCUUCUCCGGCUUCGCCGCCGUGCUCACGGACACGCAGGCGGCGCGGCUCUCCGAUUGGCCUGGGGUUGUGCGAGUGGUUCGGAAUCGCGUGCUCGACCUGCACACAACCAGGAGCUGGGAUUUCAUGCGAGUGAACCCUUCGCCUUCGGGCAAGAGCGGAAUCCUUUCUGAGAGUAGAUUCGGGGAGGAUUCCAUCAUCGGUGUGCUAGAUACAGGGAUAUGGCCGGAGUCGGCUAGCUUUAGAGACGACGGCAUCGGCGAGGUUCCCCGGCGGUGGAGAGGGCGAUGCGUCGCCGGAGACAGGUUCAAUGCUUCCAACUGCAACAGGAAAAUAAUAGGCGCGAAAUGGUACGUCAAAGGGUAUGAAGCUGAAUAUGGGAAGAUGAACACAACUGAUAUCAAUGAAUACAUGUCGGCGAGGGACGCCGUCGGGCAUGGGACGCACACGGCGUCCACUGCUGCAGGCGCUCUGGUAGCGGACGCCAGCUUUCGGGGGCUUGCCAGUGGUGUGGCAAGGGGAGGAGCACCGAGGGCUAGGUUGGCUGUUUACAAGGUGUGCUGGGCUACUGGAGAUUGUACCUCAGCAGACAUACUUGCAGCCUUUGAUGACGCCAUACACGAUGGCGUCGACGUGCUCUCGGUGUCCCUGGGCCAAGCACCACCUCUCCCUGCUUAUGUUGAUGACGUCUUGUCCAUUGGAUCCCUCCAUGCCGUCAUGAAAGGGAUCGUCGUGGUCUGUUCUGCAGGGAACUCUGGUCCUUAUUCAGAGACGGUGAUCAACUCGGCACCGUGGGUUCUGACCGUUGCUGCAGGCACCAUUGAUCGGACUUUCCUUGCAAAGAUCACCCUCGGCAACAAUAUUAGUUAUGUGGGUCAAACAAUGUACUCCGGGAAGCAUGCUGCGACAACCAUGCGUAUAGUCUAUGCUGAAGAUGUUUCAUCUGAUAAUGCUGAUGAUUCCGAUGCAAGAAGCUGCACUGCAGGAUCUCUGAAUGCUACCCUAGUAAAAGGAAAUGUGGUGCUUUGCUUCCAAACGAGAGGACAGCGAGCAGCCCAAGUAGCAGUAGAGACCAUAAAAAAAGCUCGUGGAAUUGGAGUCAUCUUCGCACAGUUCUUAACCAAGGAUAUAGCAUCUGCAUUUGAUAUUCCUCUUGUUCAAGUAGACUAUCAAGUAGGAACAUCUAUACUGGCAUACACUACUGGCACGAGAAACCCAACAGUUCAGUUUGGCUGUGCAAAAACAAUUCUAGGAGAAUUGAUAGGUCCUGAAGUUGCAUACUUUUCAUCUAGGGGUCCUAGUUCUUUGUCUCCUUCUAUUCUUAAGCCAGAUAUCACUGCCCCAGGUGUAAACAUUUUGGCCUCAUGGUCACCUUCUGUAGCCAUUUCGUCAGCCAUAGGAUCAGUGAACUUCAAGAUCGAUUCAGGAACUUCAAUGUCCUGUCCACACAUUUCAGGCGUGGCCGCUCUGCUCAAAUCAAUGCAUCCUAAUUGGAGCCCAGCUGCAGUUAAAUCAGCAAUGGUCACAACAGCCAAUGUUCGCGACGAGUAUGGGUUUGAGAUGGUAUCCGAAGCAGCACCCUAUAAGCAGGCUAACCCAUUUGAUUAUGGAGGUGGUCAUGUGGAUCCAAAUAGGGCUGCACACCCCGGCCUAGUGUACGACAUGAGACCAUCUGACUACGUGCGCUUCCUUUGCUCCAUGGGCUACAAUAACUCAGCCAUCGGUUCCAUGGUUCAACUGCACACACCGUGUCAACACACACCAAAAUCGCAGUUGAACAUGAACCUCCCGUCCAUCACCAUUCCUGAACUGAGAGGCAAACUGAUGGUGCCGAGAACGGUCACCAAUGUCGGCCUACCCACAUCCAGGUAUAGAGCCCGUGUGGAGGCUCCUCCUGGGGUGGGCGUCACCGUAAACCCCUCGCUGCUGAUCUUCAACUCGACCACCAACAGGUUGUCAUUCAGGGUGACAUUCCAGGCCAAACUGAAAGUUCAGGGGAGGUACACCUUCGGCAGCCUGACAUGGGAGGACGGCGCCCACACGGUGAGGAUUCCUUUGGUGGUUCGGACGAUGAUCAGUAAGUUCUAUGUCAAUGCGUGAAUAAGUAGCACCUUGUAGUAAACCAUCAACGAUCAUGGCAACACAAGAUGUAACAAACUCGCUAAUCUCUCCUGAUUCUAAUGGCAUUGGUUUAUUGACUA